CCUUAUGCAUUGUUCUUUACGACUAGUGCUUGUGGCUACUUGGGUUAUUUACAAUAUCCUAAGCUCAUGAACCAAGGGUUGAUCCCACUCAGAGAUUCAAGCUAUUUGACAGAUGGAUAUCUAGAAAGAACUAUAGAAUGGAUCGAGGGAAUGAAGAAUAUACGUUUGAGGGAUAUUCCUACUUUUAUUAGAACAACAGAUCCAAAUGAUAUCAUGCUAAAUUUUAUUCUUCAGAAGAUAAAACAAUGUAGAGAAGCUUCUGCAAUUAUAUACACAUUCGAUACACUUGAAGAGCACGUAUUAAAGGCUCUCUCUUUCAUCAAUUCUCUUAUUUACACAAUUGGUCCCCUUCACUUACCUGUCAAGCAAAUUGAAGAUGAGAAACAAAGAGCAAUAGGGUCUAAUCUUUGGGUGGAGGAUUUUGAAUGCAUUGAAUGGUUGAAUUCAAAGGAACCAAAUUCUGUGGUUAAUGUAAACUUUGGUAGUAUCACAGUUAUGACAUCACAUCAAUUAAUUGAGUUUGCUUGGGGAUUAGCAAAUAGCAAGAAGCCAUUUCUAUGGAUUACUAGGCCUGAUUUAGUUGUGGGAGAUUCAGCCAUUUUGCCACAUGAAUUUGUAACACAAACCAAAGAUAGAAGCUUGAUAGCAAGUUGGUGUUGUCAAGAACAAGUGUUGAACCAUUCUUCAAUUGGAGGGUUUUUAACACAUAGUGGAUGGAAUUCAACACUUGAAAGUAUAUGUGCUGGAGUUCCAAUGAUUUCAUGGCCUUUCUUUGCUGAACAACAAACAAACUGUCAUUAUUGUUGCAGUGAGUGGGGGAUUGGAAUGGAAAUUGAUAACAAUGUGAAAAGAAAUGAAGUUGAGAAGCUUGUGAGAGAGUUAAUGGAUGGAGAAAAGGGUAAGCAAAUGAAGGAGAAUGUUAUGAAUUUGAAGAGUAAAGCUGAAGAAGCAUAUGAAGUUGGUGGUUUUGCUUGGAAACAACUGGAUAAAUUGAUUAAGGAAGUUCUUCUAUCAAAAGUGAUGUGAUUUCAUUGUACCAUUCUAAAUUAAUAAAUGGGUUCUAGGUUGUUUCCUUGUAACUUGCUGUAUUUACAUAAAUAUAUAGAUACUUUAGUUAAAUGGUUUAUAUUUCAAGACUUUAUGAAUGUAUCAGAACUUUUCAUGAUCUAUAUUAUUAAGGAACCUCUGUAGUACCUUGGGACAAACCACAUAUCAUUAGAUUCUGUAUUUUAAUAUCAUAUCUGGUUAUCUUGUUAUA